AUGGAGAUCCCGGUCGUCGAAUUCACGACGGCACGGCGUCGGAAACGGCAUGUGGUGUCUACACCACCUCCACCACCACCACCAGCACCACCAGCACUUCCACGUGAAUUGACACAAAUAUCGACUGAAACUGCGGCCGCAGUAGCUGCUUUAGUCAGGAAGCCACCACCAUCACUACCACCAUCAACAAUGCCUCCAGGACCACACGGGAUGCCAUUUAUGGGUGGUCCACCACCACAUCAUCAAUAUCAUCUACAAUAUCCACCACCUCAUGGAUUAGGACCUCCACCACCACCACCACAUUAUUAUACUCAACCACCUCCACCACCACAAUCUGGAUAUUAUCAUCAUCAACAACAACAGCAUAGUGGUCCGACGACGCCUGUUCCAAGGAAUGCACCAAUGGCUCCACCUCAAUUUGCAUCAGGAUUACCACCACCACCACAAGUACCACCUCCUCCACCACCUGCACCACCUCCAAGGACACUUCCCGGAGCAUCAUCAGCUUCAUCGACUGCGAGUAGUAGUGGAAUACCACCACCACCACCUCCAAUGCAGAGAACACCCCGAACACCUGGAAAUCCAAUGUUCAACUCACCACGAGACGGAGCAUAUACUUCAAUGCCAUCAGGAUCAUCAUCAUCAACUGCUCCACCACCACCUCCACCACCGCCGCCGCCUCCGCCACCUCCACCACCACCUCCAAUGGAGGGAACUAGUGUAAUUGGUGGUCCGAUUGGUGCUCCUGGAGCUCACAGAAAUUCAUACAGUGGUGGGAGUAUACACGCAUCACCAUCAUCAUCAUCAGCUGGAAUGUCAUCUUCUGGGCCUACGAGGAGCAUAUCGACAGGCACAAAACCACCGACAGAAUCACUUUAUAAACGAGAAGUUGCACAAAUGAUGCAACAACAUCAGCAACAGCAAAGGAUUAAUAAUAAUAAGGGCUACCGACCUCAAGGAGCAAGUCCGCCGAAAGAGUUGAAACGAAGGUUUUAUGAUGAUGGAAGUGUUACACCAUCAUCUAGACAAUCAAGAAAUGAACGAAGUAUGGAUGGAAGACCCUCACCAGAGCAUGGAGCAAUAAUCGGAGAAAAUCGAAAAUCAUCGCCACCAGCCGAAGAAAAAUAUUCAAAUUCUGGAACAAGAUGUAAACUUCCGAUUCCUGAUAUGUUUAGAUUUUAUGAUAAAGAAAUGGCUAAUGAGAAGCUUGAAUCAUUGGGAUUAGCUGAUGAAGAUGAUAAAAAGACUUUGACAAAAAUGCGUCGUCACUCGAUUUGGAUGGACAAUCAAUUGUUGAAUCAACUUCAAGCAUCUGAAUCCAAUAAACAAUAUUUAAGUGCAAAGAAACAAAUGAGAGAUAUUCUUAUUACGAGAAUUGAUCAUAUUGAUAAAAUCAUCGAUGAACUACAAGUUGCGUCAGACAAAGUGACGUCAUCAUCCACGUCAUCUCAUCUUCAUAAUAAUAAUUUUGGUGCCGGUGCUUCUGGAGGAUCUGGAAAUCAUGCAAAUUUAUGACCUGCUCCUUUUCAAAAUUCAAAUAAUUUUUUCUCUCGCUCUCCACUGAAAUGUAAAUUGACAACGCUUUUUACUCAAUUUUGAUAAUUUUUUCCAAGUGAGCAAAACGUGUUGUCAAAUUCCGUUAGGCGUUUCCUCGCUAGAAUAGUCAUUUUUUCUGCGGGUUUUUUCUUCAUAACACACACUACUCGCUUGGUGUUUUCUUUCUCUUUUUUAGAAAUUUUUUAUUUUAAUUUCUAGAAUUCGGUGUGAGGGGUCAGGUUUUAAUGGUUAACUAAUUAAUUUGUUGAAUUUUGAUCUGAAAAUGUGUUCUGAUCAAAUUUUAGAAACAUUUAAAAGCCUAGAAAACUAGAACGAUCAUAUGUCGAUUUACGCGGCUCUCGUGUACUCCCCGAGGAAGGGAUUUUACACGUUUUCAGCAAAUUUGCCUGAUUAUUGAUAAUUUUUGCUAACUUUUUUGCAAAAAGAAUUGGCAAAAAAACUGUAAAAGCUUCUCCUCUGGGAGUACACGAGAGCUGCGUAAAUCGACACAACCCGUCCCCUUCACACACUGUAAUUCUUCCUCUCUUUCGACCCCGAUUUCAUAGGCAUCUCUCGAUUUUUUCGAUCUUUUGGAAUAUUUUUUUUUGUCUUUUAAUUUUCGGUUCAAGUGCCUUAAUUAAUUUAAACUAAUUUUUUACCUUCUUUUUUUUUUGAAAUUUUAUCAUUUAUUAUUUUGCCUAAAAAAUUUUUUUCAUCAAAUUCUUUAUCCGAAUUCACUUCAUUUCUUGGGUCCAUACGUUGUCGUCUUUUUUUUGUUUGAGAAAUGAUUUUAUAAUGUUAUUUUUCCAGCCUCUCUCUCUCUCUCUUAUCAUUCUUAUCAUCAUCAUCAAUAUUAUCAUCUCACACGCUUUUUUUUGUUGACCGGAGGAAAAAAUAUUGAAUAAUUUUUUUUCGGCGCCUUUUUUGUUAGAUAAAUUCUUAUUGAUU